AUGGCCAACACUCAACCACAGGGUGCUUUACCAAGUGCUACGGUUACUAAUCCCAGAGACAAUAAUCAUGUGAAUGCUGUGACAACAAGGAGCAAUAAAUCGAAGGAAACACAUGAGAAGAACUCUGAUGAAGAGGAUUUGUUGAUUGAAGUGGAUGUGGAGAUUAGAGAAAAUGAGGUAGUAAGGAAAGAGGUCACGGGUGAAGAAGGUGUAGUCAAAGAAAAAGUUACUACACCUAAACCAGCGGUUAAACUUCCUUUCCCUACAAGGAAUAAGAAGAAAGAACAACAUGAGAAAAACUUCGAGAAGUUCUUAGAGAUGUUCAAGAAACUUGAGCUAAAUAUUUCAUUCUUAGAUGCACUGGAGCAAAUGCCUACCUAUGCGAAGUUCAUGAAAGAUAUCAUUUCAAAGAAGCGAACAAUCGACAGUGACCCGAUUAUUCUAACUGAAACUUGUAGUGCUAUUUUGCAGGGAAUGAAGAUCCCAGUUAAAAAGAGAGAUCGAGGUUCAGUAACUAUUCCAUGCACAAUUGGUAAAGUACAGGAUACACGAAUGACACUUCAGUUUGCUGACCAAUCCGUUAAAAGACCCUACGGAGUGGUAGAAGAUGUGUUGGUAAAAAUCGACAAGUUCGUAUUUCUGGUGGAUUUUGUUAUUCUAGAGAUGCCCGAAGAUGAGGAGAUACCAAUUAUUUUGGGAAGACCAUUUCUAGAGACCGGGAGAUGCUUGAUCGACAUAGAAGAAGGUACAAUGACUUUGAAAGUUUAUGAUGAAGAAUUGAAGAUUAAUGUGCGAAACACUAUGAAGUACAAGGAUGAUGUUGCCACGAGUCAACACAUUGGGGUGAUUGAGCAAAUUUGUGAUGAAGAAAACUCUUUGACAACACACAAGUUACCCUUGGAGAUAGUUUUGAGUCUAUCAAUCUUUGAAGAGGAGGAGGUAAUUGAUGAAAAAGACAGUGAAGUUUUAGCCAUGAUGGAAACAUCAUUUGUCAAAGAUUCUCGCCACAACCGAUGGGAGGAUCUAAGGCAACCAUUAGUGGAAGGAAGUAAAGAUGAACCAAAGAAGGGGGCUGAACUAAAACAAUUACCGGAGAACCUCAAAUACGUCUUUUUAGACACUGAAAGUAAGUGCCCGGCUAUCAUAAGUUCUCACCUUGAAUUCCUUCAAGAAGAUAAGCUUGUCAAAGACUCUAAGCCAAGACUGCUAAGAUGGAUCCUACUCCUUCAAGAGUUUGAUGUAGAAAUUCGUGACAAGAAAGGAUCUGAGAACACUGUGGCCGAUCACUUGUCUCGAAUGUCACCGGUUGAAGAGACAGAAGCCACACGCCCAAUAAAGGAUGAGUUCUACUUGUGGGAUGAUCCUUGCUUAUACAAGAAAGGUCUCGAUGGUUUGAUUAGAAGAUGUGUACCCGAAGAGGAACAACGAGAUGUGCUGAAAGCAUGCCAUGACUCAGAAUACGGAGGACAUUUUAGUGGUGAUAGAACAGCUGCAAAGGUCCUACAAUCUGGUUUAUAUUGGCCCACAUUAUUCAAAGACGCUCAAAGCAUUGUGAAAGAAUGCGACAGGUGUCAGAGAACGGGGAAUAUCUCAAAAAGAAAUUAG